ACGUUCACCAUUCUGUCCGCUUUUCAUAAAGUUGUUGUUGAAUAAAAAAAAACCGGCAAGUAGAGCUGUCAGAGAGAUCUGCAGACUCGAUCUCAGCAGGGAAUCCGGAGGUGAUCCUGCAGGAGGAGGGGGCACCGGGCGGCCUGGCUUACCUGGGGCAUCUUAAAGGGGGCUUCCAUUUGCUGUGAGCUUCAGCAAUGUCUGUCUUUCGCUCGGGUGUACUGGUGUUAACCUCUCCACUCUCUGCGUUGUCUAUGAGGCUCGCACCCAUUUUAGCCUGUGCAUCAAAGAUUGUCCAAGAAACCCUAUAUGUCCAUCUCCAACCAGGGCUUCUCCUAACGGGUUCAUCUCAGCCAAGUUCCACCUACAUUCCCGCCACCCAGGAAAUCUGCAACCUCAUCUCCAAACUGUAUUCAGAUGCAGAUGUUCAUAGCAAUCUGGAUGUACGUGUGCUCUUAACCAAUAUUAAAAACCAAAGCAACAACCAGCAGACUCUUUCCCUUGUUCAGAACCUGUCUCACCCCCCAGAAGUCGUUCUCACAGACUUUCAGACCAGUGAUGGUGGGCAGUAUAACCCUGUCAAGCAGCAGCUGGAGCGUUAUGCUACAAACUGUUAUAGUUGUCAACCAAACCUAAUAUCUGUAUUACUGUACCCAGAAUAUGGUCUGACAGACGAAGUUAUUAAUCAUAAAGAACCGGAUGGUGGAGGAAAAGUACUGCAGAGUCACAGUGAUGUUGUGGUCGGAGGAACCUUUGAUAGGUUACACAAUGCUCACAAAAUCUUACUGAGUGUCUGUUGUUUGUUGUCUGAAAGGCGUCUUCUUAUCGGUGUUGCUGACAAAGAACUGCUGGACAAUAAGGUCUUAAAGGAACUGAUUGAACCCUAUGAGAAAAGAGUAGAAAUAUUGUCCCUGUUCCUGGUUGAUGUGAAGCCAUCCCUGCUAUAUCACAUAGUGCCUAUAUCUGAUCCUUAUGGUCCUUCGAUAACUGACCAAGAGCUAAAAUGCAUCGUGGUCAGUGAAGAAACCCACAAGGGUGGACUGUCCGUGAACAGGAAACGACAAGAAAAUGGCCUUGAUGAUCUGGCCAUUCAAGAAAUCAAGCUUGUUACAGAUCCUCUACAUUCUGAAAAUGAAGAGGAGAAAAUCAGUUCUUCCAGCUUCAGGAAGAGAUUGUUGGGGACUCUGCUGAAGCUACCAGCUGAGAACCCCAACAUCCCUGCCCGACCCUACGUCAUUGGUCUGACAGGAGGCAGUGGCAGUGGGAAGACCUCUAUUGCAAAGAGACUGGAAGCAUUGGGAGCGGCUGUGAUCGACUGUGAUCGGUUAGGACACCAGAGUUACAAACCUGGAGGAGCAGCCUAUCAGCAAGUUAUAAAUGAGUUUGGUUCAGAUAUUCUCUGUGCAGAUGGGACGAUAGACAGAAAGACGAUGGGAAGCAAAGUGUUUGCCAAUAAGGACCACUUAAAGCGCCUGACAAAUAUUGUGUGGCCAGCGAUAGCUGCACUUGCUAAAGAGGCUGUGGCAGUCGCUGCAUCCAAAGGCAUAUCCGUAUGUGUGAUGGAUGCUGCUGUACUUUUAGAAGCUGGAUGGACAGAAAUGGUUCAUGAGGUUUGGACAGCGAUCAUACCAGAAAAAGAGGCUGUUCUGCGUAUAAUGAAUAGGGAUGGUGUCAGCGAGGAAUCGGCUAAGAACAGAUUGGCCAGCCAGAUGUCUAACAGUGAACGGGUAGAAUUAUCCAAUGUGGUCUUAUGCACUCUAUGGGAGCCAGAGAUCACACAGAAACAGGUUCAGAAAGCCUGGUAUCUACUCCAACAGCGUAUCAAUCGGAACAUUUCCGGUGACAAACCUGUUUUAAAAUCGAGAUUUUAAAUUUGUAAUCCACCAAGCUAAAUAAUUUACAUAUGAGAUUAACUGUGAAGACUUCACUGUGGCUGGAACAUGGAAGAUGCCAGGAGUGCAGGAAAACGCAUGCCUUAUUUAAGAAGAGUGAACAUUUUAACCCUUCACAAUUUUUGUCUGUGUGGUUAUUUUAGAUCUGUGUUGUGUGUCUAAACGGUUUACAAUUUGUGCUGCGUACCACUGAUCCCUCUUUAAGUACUUUUCAUUGUUCUGCAUCUCUCUAACAUUUAUUACAUUUAAGAAUCUAAUUUCAUUUCCAUUCCUCAAUGGCUCAGCAAAAGAUUAAAACAAAUUGUAUGAUUGUAGAAGAACUGAAUCAUCGCUAUAGUCUAUAUUUCUUCAUAGGUUUUAUAAAGCUCCAUUGUUAUGGGCUAGAGUGUAAUAUGAGAAAAUAAAUUGUGAAAUUGUAA